AUGUUCGGUGAGAUGUACGACGCAGAGGCAAGCAAGCGCCCGGAGGCCCCGGAAUGUGAUCAUCCUGUGUGCGUGCGGAACCAGAUGUUCAUCCUAAUGGCCGUCAAUGUUCUUGCAACCCUCGCAGGUGUGCUUGUGCACUUGCGUUUUGCCCGCUUCACGGCGUUGAAGUGUGGUGAGAGGGAUGCAACCUGCGUUGGGCGAUAA